AUGGCGAAAGACAAGAAAUUAGCUUUAGCGACCGCUGCGUCAGAUGUUUAUGUGGAUGAGUCUGCCUCAUUUGAGGCGUUCAACCUAGAUUCAAGGCUACUGCAAGCUAUCAAGACACUCGGAUUCAACAACCCAACACUGAUUCAAACCAAGACCAUGGAGUUUUCACUCGAGCAUCAAAAGGAUGUUCUUGCAAAGGCUUCUACUGGCUCAGGAAAGACUGCAGCAUAUUGUAUACCUAUAAUACAGAGGCUGUUGGUGCAAUCGUUAGACGAUGAAAGCGUGGGAGCAGUAGUGUUGGUGCCGACCGGGGAGCUUGCCUACCAGGUGAAAACUUUUAUGGACAGAUUAACGAUGUACUGCGAUAAGACCCUUAAAUCUGUGAAUCUUUGUGAUACCAAAUACGUCAAUCAAACAGGGAAGAUUGUUAUUUCUACCCCUUCUAAGUUGAAGUUUCAGCUGGAGUCUCAACCUGAGUUUGUUUCCAGAUACCAAGACGUGCAGUUUCUGGCAAUAGAUGAAGCUGAUUUGAUGAUUUCCUAUGGCUAUGAAGACGAUCUCGACAGUUUGAUUAAGUCAUUACAGCUGUCAUCCCCCAAGAUUCAAAAAUUCCUAAUGAGCGCAACGUUGAACGAUGAGAUAGACAACCUGAAGGUCAAGGUUUGUAAUGGUAAAGAAGCCGCCAUUAUCAAGUUAAACAUUGACGAAUCUAAAGACAAGUCUCAGCUGGUUCAAUAUUACAUUAAGACAUCCGAGUUUGAAAAGUUCUUGCUGACAUAUGUUAUCUACAAAUUGGGACUGAUAAAGGGCAAGACUUUAAUUUUCGUGAACGAUAUUGACCGUGGGUACAAGCUGAAGCUGUUUUUGGAGCAAUACGGUAUCAAAUCAUGUGUUUUGAACUCUGAGCUGCCUUUGGUUUCGAGAGUCAACAUUGUGGAACAGUUCAACAAAGGCGUAUAUCAGUUGUUGAUUGCAACAGACGAGAACAACUCGUUCAAGAAGCGCUCCCAUUCAGAAGGCUCUGAUGAUAAGAAGGACAAAGAAUACGGAGCAUCCAGAGGUGUUGAUUUCCAGAACGUUGCUUGUGUUUUGAAUUUUGAUCUCCCUACUUCUUCGAGAUCCUACAUCCAUAGAAUCGGCAGAACUGCAAGAGCAGGAAAGUCUGGUAUGAGUCUGUCGUUUGUGGUUUUGAAGGAGCAGUUUGGAAAGCACAAAGCUUCAUCUUUUCCCACUUGUGAGAAAGAUGAAAAGACUCUCGGAAAGAUCGUCAAGAGCCAGGCUAAUAUUGGACUUGAAUUGACGCCGUUCAAAUUUGACAUGGGCCAGAUCGAAGGCUUCAGAUACAGGUGUGAAGAUGGGUUCAGAGCAGUGACCAAGCAUGCUGUUAGACAGGCCAGAUUCAAGGAAAUCACACAAGAGUUGAUCAACAACGAUAAGCUGAAAAGAUACUUCGAGGAAAAUCCACAAGAUUUGAAAAGUUUGAAGCAUGAUUUUGAGAUACACCCAACCAUGGUGCAGGACCACUUGAAGAGAGUCCCGGAGUACUUGUUGCCAGCGGGUGCAAGAGUUGAAAAGAAGAAUCUUGGAUUUAUUUCUUUUACUAAGGAGAAGAAGGGUAAGAAGAAAAACGGAACUUCCAAGAAGAAGACAGAUCCUUUGAAGAAGUUCAGAAAGUGA